CGCACUUGGCAAGCUGAAGAGGUGAGAGGGAUCCUGCCAGCGGGCGCGGGGCUGUGAGUCUGGAGCCUACAGCCCAGGAGUGGGGUGGACAUACCGACUCUCCCUUGCUUUCCGGCCCCCGCUUCGCCUUGUAGCCAGCCGGACCUGCACCCCGCGCUUGUCCCCACUCACCCUCCCCCCGCCCAGCCCCGCGCGCUCCUCCCCGGCCAGCCCCUCGGCGCGCAGCGCACUGGAGGCGAACGCGGGCUGAGUCGAGCGCUGUGGCCACCGACCACCAAGCGCCCCGUGCCGCUCCCUGCAUGUGCGGCCCGAGGCGGCUCGCAGCCUCCGGCAGCAGCCUCGGCAGCUUCGGCCGCGCUUCGAGAGGCGGCUGCAGAGGCUCCAGAGGCGGCAGAGCAGCCGAGCCCGGGCUGGGAGACACGAUGCGCCGCGUCCUCCGGCUGCUGCUCGGCUGCUUUCUCACCGAGCUCUGCGCCCGCGUGUGCCGGGCGCAGGAGCGAGCGGGGCACGAGCAGCUGGCGCAGCUGGGCGGCGUGGUGGUGCUUACUGGGGGGAACCGCUCUGGGGCCGCCUCCGGGGAGGCCGGCGAAGGCGCAGGGGUCUCAGACGCGCCCCCGACCCGGGCGCCCACGCCAGACUUCUGCCGGGGAUACUUCGAUGUUAUGGGCCAGUGGGACCCGCCGUUCAACUGCAGCUCGGGCGACUUCAUCUUCUGCUGCGGGACUUGUGGCUUCCGGUUCUGCUGCACGUUUAAGAAGCGGCGUCUGAACCAGAGCACCUGCACCAACUACGACACUCCACUCUGGCUGAACACCGGCAAGCCCCCCGCGCGCAAGGAUGACCCCCUGCACGACCCCACCAAGGACAAGACCAACCUGAUCGUUUACAUCAUUUGCGGGGUGGUGGCCGUCAUGGUGCUCGUAGGCAUCUUCACCAAGCUGGGACUGGAGAAAGCGCACCGGCCCCAGAGGGAGCACAUGUCCAGGGCCCUUGCAGAUGUCAUGAGGCCACAGGGCCACUGCAACACUGACCACAUGGAGAGAGACCUGAACAUUGUGGUCCAUGUGCAGCAUUACGAGAACAUGGAUACCAGAACCCCCAUAAAUAAUCUUCACUCUACCCAGAUGAACAAUGCAGUGCCCACCUCCCCUUUGCUGCAGCAGAUGGGCCAUCCACAUUCAUACCCCAACCUGGGCCAGAUCUCCAACCCCUAUGAACAGCAACCUCCUGGCAAAGAGCUCAACAAGUAUGCCUCCUUGAAGGCUGUUGCGGACAAGGUAAAUGACGACUUCUACACGAAGCGCCGGCACCUGGCCGAGCUGGCCGCCAAGGGGAACCUACCUCUGCACCCUGUGAGAGUGGAGGAUGAACCGCGGGCCUUCAGCCCCGAGCACGGCCCCACCAAACAGAACGGACAAAAGUCUCGCACCAACAAGACCCCCCCACAUCCCCUGGCCUACAAUUCCACCACCAACUUCAAGGGCUGGGACCCCAACGAGCAGUCUCUCCGGCGGCAGGCUUAUGGCAACAAGGGCAAGCUUGGCACGGCUGAGUCAGGCUCCAGCGACCCCCUGGGAACUCGCCCCCAGCACUACCCGCCCCCACAGCCAUACUUCAUCACCAACAGCAAAACAGAAGUGACUGUGUGAGCUUUCGCUACACGGUGCAUCCUGGAGGGCGCAGUCCACCAAGAGGCAGAAAGUAGUCCGGCCCACACCCUCCCUGGUCUCCCCCCACACAGCCACCUACACACUCUCCACACCAAAUGACCAGAAACCUACUGAUGACAACGGAGUCCCGUUUUUCUUAGGUCAUACCUAACACCGGUUGGCGGGCAGCUGAGCAGGAAUGAAGCGUGGACAUCCAGCAAUACAGCAAGGGGGGAACUGAAGCACCUUCUUUCGACUUCAGGCCUAAGUUUGCCAACUCACAUGCCCAAAGCUGUGGGGCUAAUUUUUUCUUUUCCUCUUAACUUGAAACUGAAAUCCAUGAUGAAACAUAACAGUAGCACAAUUUAGAGAAAUUGUCCAUUUGAGCACAUACACCAUUUGCCAGGAGCUGUCUGUUUCUGGGGGAAUGAACCAGGGUGCAGUGGUGGGGUAGAAAAUGAGGGUGGACACUCGAGAUGGGUGUGCUUGGAAAGAGGAGUCAUUUGGGAGGAACCUGUGCACAUUAUAAGCAUUUUCUAAUCCCAAAAAGUGGUGACGUGGACACAUAAUUUUGAUGGGUGUGAGACAGUAACUGGACCCUAACCAUUUAUAGUCCUUUUCAUAUCAUUAAUGUUGGAAGCAAAAAACAACACAUACUCAGACUCACAAAGUGUAAAUGACCCUGAACCCACCGACAGCGAUGGGAAAGAAGGAUGACUUUAGGACUCCCAUUAAGACCAUGACCAUGGAAAUGGGAGGGAUGGGCUUUUAUGGCAGGCAUGGGGUCCAGAGAGUAUUAAAUAACAUUUUUUAGAAAAAAAGAAAAAGAAAAAUGAAAUAUAAGCCUACUAUAAAACAGACAAGAACAACAAAUUCAGUUUUUGUUCCAAAUCUUCAAGACUUAGGAAAUCAACAAUGACAUCAAGAACAAUGAAAAGAAAUAUCACAGCUGAAAAGUCGACAAGAGGCGAGAAGGGGACCCAGAGUGUCCGAUUUCUGGCGCAUCCCCCUUGCCUCUGAGACGAGACACAGACACUAACCAGUCCUCCACUGUCAAUCUCCGACUCCCUUCCCUUCAGCCCGUUGCCGCCGCCGCUGCCGAAUUUCAACUGCUUUGGACUGAAAAUGUCAUAAGCGUGGGUGGUGCCUUCAAUGUGUUACUGUUUAAUGACAGUCUUAUUUCCCAAGUGCAACCUGUGUUCUUUUAGCCUCCCUCCCUCCUGUUUUUCUGCAGUGAUAGAUGUUUUCAUCUUCCCGUUUUUGGUGAGCCCACCCCAUCACACCCUCUGAGAGGCUGCUGCAGUGUCAGGGGCACCUAAACACCGAGAUCUCCCUGCCUCCCAUGCUGUCAAAACUCCAUGAGUUCUACCAUUUUACACCUCCCCAAAACCGUCCAGCUUUUCUGCAUCCCGUUAUUCCCAGGGACCCUCUGGACCACCUCUCCAGAUACUCAAGUGCAUUCAUCUCCCAUCCAGAAUUCCCUCAGGUUGUUUUCAGGUUGGUUCUCAUGGCCAAUAGCCCUUGGGUGUCCCAACAAAGGCAAUUUUCAUGCUAGUUCGAUUUCUUUUGUGAAAGACCAAAGGGCGUUGUUGACAGAUAACAGAUUUGCAUUUAAGGUGAGAAAUUUUCAACUAGUCCGUAAAGGUCUUAGCUAGUUGGCAGGAAUGUUUGGAGAGCCCCCUAGCUGUUCUGGUGUCAGAGGCUGGGUGUGGUCCCCAAAAGACUCCGAGCAUCUCCUGGGAUGCUGAACUCCAGGUUGUGCCUCACUGAGCUCUCCCUCUGACAUCAUGGAAACAGGGAAACUGGAUGGGUCUUCUCCUAUCCACUCCUAGCUGAUCUGGGGAUGUGGACAAUUCUUUUAUUUCUCUGGGCUUUAGUCUCCUACCUAAAACAUGAGAAAUGGAGGCCUGGUCAAGGUUUUAAGCUUUUUGAAAUAGCAAAACUUCAGCCCACUUUAAAAACGAAAUUGCACACAGAAGCCACUAUAUAGGAACUCCUUUCAUAAUGGACAAGGCUCUGUGCUGGACAAAACGGGUGGGAGACUUAGUGGCCACUUUCUCAGCCCCUUUGCAGGACCCCAGGGCUUCCCAGAGUGGAGUAAACACCACUGGGCUUGGUUUCCUUGACUCAGUUAUCUGUGUACCUGCAACACACUUUUGGCAUCUCUGUAUCACCGGCCCAGUAUUUGUAACUAACUCGAUUCACUUUUAAUACAUCUGACUUUUAAAAGAAAAACUUCCUGCAAUCAUCACAAAUAGAAAACCAGUAUCAGUCACUCUAAAUAGAAAGUAAGCAUAAAAAUAAGUACAAAGGCAACAAAGCAGCAGUUGUCAAGUUCUAGCCAGAUGCUAUUGUCUGUGGAAGGGUCUGAACCUAGAGUCUGGUUUGCUCUCAUUCUCUCUCCCCCCCACCCUCCUUUUCUCCCCUCCUCCAUUUUCCUCAUCUCUCUUUUUCUUUAUUAAAACAAGAUUAGCAGAUAUUAAAGAACUGUUGAAGAUAUGCCAGCAUCUAAUGACAAUUUUUCUCCUUGAAGUAACCAGAUGGACUGACAAAAUUGCAAAGGAAAUCGUUUCCUAUGUGACUUAAUGUUAAUUAGUGCUAUGUCCAUAUACUACUGAAAACCAUUUUGCAUAUGCUAAUGGUAUACAGCCCAUGCUUUGGGAAACACUGGGCUGGCUUAUCUGGGAGGUCCCCUCCAGCUCAAAUGUUCUGUGGUUCUUGGCUCCCUCUUAGCUCAAUUUUGCUCCUUUCCCUCAGCUCACUUCAUCUCACUGAUAUCCCAACCCUGAUUAAGGUUUGGUGUCUAAAUCUACAGGAUUUUCUUUAUUCUCCAUGUUCCUUCUCUUCUGAGUCAACAUCAUGCAGUGACUUUGUUAGCUGGGGGUCUGCAGCCACAAUCUGGGCAGCAAAGUUGUGGCAUGGUCAAAAGGAUGUAGCAGUAAUGACAGUCUCAUGACCUUCCAAUUGGAUUUGGGAACCAAACCUAGGUGGGGGAGUGUAGCCAGGGACGUAUACUCUUUGGCCUCCUUGGGGAAGGGUGAACAGACCACAUGAUGCUGAAAGAGGAUCACAAAAGAUGACCUAGGGAACUGUGACUGCCAUGGAUCCACAAGGACCCAACAGCUAGAGAAGGGAGACAGAAGAGAAAGCAGAAUGAAGCAGAGAGACUGUUCCUUCUCCACCCCAUGCCCUGACACUAGCCUCUACUUGCCUUUACCUGUCCCAACUUCCAACCCCAUGGGACCAGUCUGACUUCCCUUGGCCCUCCCAGAGCAUCUCAGCCUCCAUCCGCCUUGGGCUCUGCCUGGCCUCCCCAUCUAACUCUCCCCAGUUUUUUGUGCAAAUGGAGCAUAUUUUAUGUGCGAAUAUUUUAGUAACCGUAUGUUCUGCAAGUAAACCUGUGUUAAUACUUGUCAACAACUGCAGAGUUUAUGAUACCAAUAACACUUCCUACAAUGAAGAAAAAACAUUUGUUUGUUUUCUAAGAAUGUUUAUUUGUAAACAUAUGUAUUCACUAUAUUAAUAUGAAUU